CCGGGAGUCGUGAGCUGGAGUCAGAACUGCGUCUCUCAACCCAGGCGCCGGUUGCUGAAGGAGAGCGGGCGAGCAAUGCUGCCGCCACCCCUUCCUGAUUGGCUGCGGGUGGCUCCCUCUUCUUUCUGAUUGGCAGCUGGUGAACUAGAUGAUGCUGAGCAAGGGCCUGAAGCGAAAGCGGGAGGAGGAGGAGGAGGAGGAGAAGGAAACCCUGGCGGUGGACGCCUGGUGGCUGGAUCCCAGCCACUCGGCAGUAGCUCAGGCGCCCCCGGCUGUGGCCUCCAGCUCUCUCUUUGACCUCUCGGUGCUCAAGCUCCACCACAGCCUGCGGCAGAGUGAGCCGGACCUGCGGCACCUGGUGCUGGUAGUGAACACGCUGCGGCGAAUCCAGGCAUCCAUGGCACCCGCAGCUGCCCUGCCACCUGUGCCCACCCCGCCUACAGCCCCCAGUGUGGCUGACAACCUGCUGGCCAGCUCUGAUGCUGCCCUCUCAGCCUCCAUGGCCAGCCUCCUGGAGGACCUCAGCCAUAUUGAGGGCCUGAGCCAGGCCCCACAGCCCCUGGUAGAUGAGGGGCCACUAGGCCGCCCCGCCGGCGGAGCCUCACCCAGCCUGGGCGCCUUGGACCUGCUGGGCCCAGCCACUGGCUGUCUGCUGGACGAUGGGCUCGAGGGCCUGUUUGAGGACAUUGACACAUCCAUGUAUGACAGUGAACUCUGGACACCAGUCUCUGAGAGCCACAAAUCCAGCCCUGAAGAUGGACCAGGCAAGGAGGUAGGUCCAGAUCUGGACGAGGCCGAGCUGGACUACCUCAUGGACGUGCUGGUGGGCACACAGGCACUGGAGCGACCCCCGGGGCCGGGGCGUUGACCCCUCUGGGCUGAGAUGUUGAUCUAAUGUCCAAACUGAGCCUGCUGGCUGGACCAACUCUCCUUGGAAAGACACAGCUGGCUUCCCUCGAGAGGGCCUUUGGAGAGAAAGAAUCCAGUCCUGGGCAACUUCACCUCCAUCCUCUUGUCUCUGACUGAUGGGGAGGGGAGUCUGGGAUUGGCCCUUGUGAUGAAAUGACAGGGCCUUGGUUGCUGGAAUGUGAUUGGACUAGGUCCUGUGCUGAAUCCCCAGAGGCACAGCCUGGGAUACAUUUGCGUCGAUGUGGGAAGAGACCCCAACCUGUUUUUUGAAAUUAAAGCCAGUCCUGGAAAGUCUGAA